GCGGGGAGCAGCCAAGGGUGGAGCUCAGUGCAGCAGCCGAGGACGUGCGGGAGACACGGGCUCCUCUGCUCGCUCUCCCUUCCCGGGAGGUGGGAGUCUGGACCAUGGGGGAUGCAACGAGGAAGUGAAAGGAGCCGGUUUUAGGCUGAGCAGCAGCAGCCGGCGCCGCCGCCGCGAUGAGCAGUUCCAGCCCCAGCCCGGGAUCCUGCCGUUUCGCCGACUACUUCGUGCUGGCAGGCAUCGACACGGACAGCGGGCUGGAACCCGACGAGCUCUCAGCACUAUGCCAGUGGCUAGAAGCAGAGCGGUGUGGCAGGAGCCAAGAAACUCCAUGUCCUAACAAAGCCUCAGGGGAAAAUUUUGAUCAGAGUCCAUUGAGGAGAACCUUCAAGUCCAAAGUGUUAGCCCAUUAUCCUCAAAAUGUGGAGUACAACCCUUUCGAUCAAGAUGCUGUCAAUAUGCUCUGCAUGCCCAAAGGACUGUCCUUCAAAACCCAGGCCGAAGACAGGGAGCCACAGUUCCACUCCUUCCUCAUCACACGCGAAGACGGCUCACGUACCUAUGGCUUUGUGCUCACCUUUUACGAGGAGGUCACCUGCAAGCAGAUCUGCAGCGCCAUGCAGACCCUGUACCAGAUGCACAAUGUGGAGCAGUACAACAACGUGUACGCAUCGUCCUCCUGCAGCAUGGACUCCCUGGCGAGCAGCAUCGACGAGGGGGAUAGCACCUCGCUGGCCAAAAUGCAGCGCUACAACUCCUAUGACAUCAGCCGCGACACCCUGUACGUCUCAAAAUGCAUUUGUCUGAUCACCCCCUUGCCGUUCGUGCAGGCCUGCCGCAAGUUUCUGCUGCAGUUGCACAAGGCGGUGACCUCCCAGCAAACUCCGCCGCUGCCCCUGGAGAGCUACAUUCACAACAUCCUCUAUGAGGUGCCCCUGCCUCCACCUGGCCGCUCAUUAAAAUUCUCAGGGGUCUACGGGCCAAUCAUUUGCCAGCGACCCGGGCCAACAGAGCUACCCCUGUUUGACUUUCCGCUGCGAGAAGCCUUUGAACUUCUGGGCUUGGAAAAUUUGGUGCAGCUCUUCACUUGCGUGCUUCUGGAGAUGCAGAUCCUUCUGUAUUCACAAGACUACCAACGGCUCAUGACGGUGGCUGAGGGAAUCACAGCUCUCCUCUUCCCUUUCCAGUGGCAACACGUCUAUGUACCCAUUCUCCCAGCCUCACUACUGCACUUUCUCGAUGCUCCAGUCCCCUACCUGAUGGGCCUGCAGUCUAAGGAGCCCAAUGACCGGUCCAAGUUGGAGCUGGCGCAGGAGGUCAACAUCCCCUCACUUGUACAAGGAAGAGAAGCAUUCACGAUCUCCGUACAUCAUCCUCAUCAAAGUGGGUACUCUUUUAACUCAAAGGCAAAUCUGUGCUUCGUGGACAUUGACAACCACUUCAUUGACCUGCCGGAGGAUUUCCCACAGUUCCCAAACAAGCUGGAGUUCAUCCAGGAGAUCUCAGAAGUGCUGCUCCAGUUUGGGAUUCCUCCCGAGGGGAACUUGCACUGUAGCGAGAGUGCCAGUGAGCUGAAGAACCUGGUGUUGGAUGAGCUGGCCAAUGACAAGAAGAACGGCAACCUGACCAGUACCACCAUCAACAUGUAUGAACUGCUGAAGGGUAACGAGACCCUGGCACGGCUUCAGGCCCUGGCAAAGCGGACGGGGGUAGCCGUGGAGAAAAUGGAAAUCGCUGUGCUCCCGGAGAAGGAGAAGGACUCCAAGUGCCAGUGCAGUGAGGAAGAGCUGCGGGAUUACAAGCUAACUGUGCAACUCCGCGAAGUCUUCGCCAAGCGCUUCACCCAGAUGUUCGCUGAUUAUGAGGCCUUCGUCAUCCAGCCCACACAGGAUAUGGAGUCCUGGCUGACCAAUCGAGAGCAGAUGCAGAAUUUUGACAAGGCCUCAUUUCUGUCUGACCAGCCAGAGCCCUACCUCCCUUUCCUCUCCCACUUCAUCGAGACACAGAUGUUUGCCACUUUCAUUGACAAUAAAAUUGUGUCAUCGUGGGAGGAGAAGGACCCUCUUCUCAGAGUGUUUGAUUCACGCAUCGAGAAAAUGAAGAUUUACAAUGUUCGCGUUCCCACAAUACGCACCUCAAAUUAUCAGAAGUGUACCAUCUUGAAAGAAGCUGCUCAGGCCAUUGAGCAGCGCCUGGUGAAGAUUGAUCACACUGCUAUCCACCCACACCUGCUAGAUAUGAAGAUCGGACAGGGCAAGUACGAGCAAGGAUUCUUCCCCAAACUCCAGGCGGAUGUUCUGGCAACAGGGCCAAGCAACAACAAUCGAUGGGCAAAUCGAGGCGCCACAGCACAGCGGAGGAAGGAUCGUCUUCGACAGCAUUCAGAGCAUCUGACACUGGACAAUGACUUGAGAGAGAAAUACAUCCAGGAGGCCCGGAGCUUAGGAAAGAGCCUGCGGCAGCCAAAACUCUCUGAUCUGUCACCCGCGGUGAUUGCACAGACCAACUGGAAGUUCGUGGAAGGACUGCUCAAAGAAUGUCGCAUCAAGACCAAGCGAAUGCUGGUGGAGAAGAUGGGACACGAGGCAGUGGAGCUGGGACACGGAGAGGCCAACAUCACUGGCUUGGAGGAGAACACCUUGAUUGCAAGUUUGUGUGACCUGCUGGAGAGAAUCUGGAGUCAUGGGCUGCUCAUCAAACAGGGGAAAUCGGCUCUCUGGUCCCACCUGAUGCAUUAUCAGGAGUGUGAGGAGAAGCGGGAAGCAACUGUCGAGACCCCAGUUAUGGCUGGGUCAGAACGGCGAAAAUCGGAGUCAGGACUGAUCUUGCCAACCCUCAAGGUUUCUCUCAUCCAGGACAUGAGACAUGUCCAGCAGAUGAGUGAGAUCAAGACCGAUGUUGGCCGUGCCCGGGCGUGGAUUCGGCUGUCCCUUGAAAAGAAGGUCCUUUCUCAACAGCUCAAGCAACUGCUCUUUAACCAGAGUCUCAUCAAGAAGCUAUACAAGCGUUACGCCUUCCUACGCUGCGAGGAGGAAAAGGAACAAUUCCUCUAUCACCUACUGUCGCUCAAUGCUGUGGACUACUUCUGCUUUACCAGUGUGUUCACAACCAUCAUGAUCCCUUACAGAGCAGUCAUAAUCCCCAUCAAAAAGCUGAGCAACUCCAUCACCACCUCCAAUCCUUGGAUCAGUGUGUCAGGUGAAUUGGGAGGCACCGGAGUGAUGCAGGUCCCCAAGAACCUCUUGGAGAUGACAUUUGAGUGCCAGAAUCUGGGCAAACUGACAACAGUUCAGAUCGGACAUGACAACUCGGGGCUUUUAGCCAAGUGGCUGGUGGAUUGUGUGAUGGUCAGGAAUGAGAUUACAGGACACACCUACAGGUUCCCGUGUGGCAGGUGGCUGGGGAAGGGAGUGGACGACGGCAGCUUGGAGAGGAUCCUGGUCGGCGAGCUCAUCAGCCCCGUGGCGGAGGAGGACCUGGGCAAACAGUGUCGCACACCGCCACAGCUGCGAUCCCCGACCAUCGCUCGGCGCCUCAGCAUCACUUCCCUCGGAGGAAAGACAGGCAAACCAAAUGCAGGUCAAAUCCAAGAAGGAAUUGGCGAGUCUAUUAAUAAUAUUGUGAAGCAUUUUCACAAGCCAGAAAAAGAGAGAGGGAGCCUGACGGUCUUGCUGUGUGGGGAGUUUGGCCUGGUCUCUGCCCUGGAGCAAGUCUUUCACCACGGCUUCAAGUCAGUUCGCCUCUUCCAGAAGAACAUAUUCAUCUGGGAUUUCCUAGAGAAAGCAGUCACGUACUUUGAAACCGCUGACGACGAGGAGGCUCAGGUCAACCUACUGGAGGGGAAGUGUUGCACGGAGUCAGCAAAGUCACUAUGUCAAUACGUGAACGCCAUCAAUAGCGCGCCGAGGAACAUUGGGAAAGACGGGAAGCUGCAGCUGCUCGUGUGUCUCGGGGCCAGGGACCACUUACUCCCCCAAUGGAUCCCACUACUGGCAGAGUGCCCAGUGAUCGCGAGGAUGUAUGAGGACGGUGCCCUGCUCCGUGACCGCGCCUCCGUCAACUCACUCAUCCGUGUCCUCCAGACACUGCAGGAGUUCAACAUUACACUAGAGACCUCGCUCGUCAAGGGCAUUGACGUGUAGCAUUGGUUUUUCAAAGGCAGAGACCCUUCCCCACCAACUCUGACGUGUUGAGCAAGGAAGGGUCUCCUGUCCAUGUUACCGAGCGUACGGAUCAUGUGACACUGUAUGGAGAUGGACAGCAAACCAACUGCCUAAAGGUCAUGCCAGCCAAUCCUGGCAGAAGAAAAUAGUAUUGAUAAUGUUAUAAAGAAGUCAAAUAGAUAAUGAAGAGUAUUUUUGCCUGUUGGAUGUGUGUAAAUAAAUUGUACCUUUACCGAAUAGUGAUUACACUGUCAGCUGUUCACCAGAACCUACUGGUUAGAAAGUAGCAUUGAUUUAGAAUACUCCAUGGGGAUUUUCCCUCUUACCCCUCCCUUCAUUUGUACCCCAUUUGUGUAAAUAUUCUGUUUCCUUUUUUUUGCGGGUAAACUUCAGAAAACCUCGAGUCCUAUUUGGGGCAGUGGAGUGUGGUAAAUGUGUGUGUUUUGCACUUUCCUCCAGUUUUGUUUUGGAUGUGUCUCUCUCGUGUUCCCUGGUUCUAGAAGAAUUAGUUGAAUGCUUCUGGUGCCUCAGUACAUUCUUCUCCUUUCUGAUUCCUUGAUCCUCUGCAGAAGUUAACAAAAAACUGAGAGCGCUGGCUAAUUCGCUACCGCUCAGAGGCCACUGCAGUACUGCAGGGAGUCUGGGUGACUGACAGAGAAACACAGCAUUGCAAGGGGAACAUGUGGUCUACUCAGUGCUGUCUGGAGCAGGGCUAGCCUCGCAUACUACUAAAACCCUCCAAAUUAUAAAAUUAUAUAUCUUUGAUCAUAUUUUCAUUAUUUAUUGGUUGAAAGCAUAAUACUGUUUUGAUUUAAUGGGUAAAUCUCCCCUAGUAGCCAGGAAGGGAAGUGCAGUACCCACUUCAUAACUUCUUCAAAGAACAGACCUUCCUUUCCCUCCAUGCCACUACCCCGGCCACCAACCCCCCACCACUACCUCCUUUGGUUAAACAGCUGAAUAACGCUCACUGCUCAGAUUAACUGGCUAAUAGCAGAGCAUAAAAUACUGAUUUGGAAAGUGGGAACACGGCCUGUGGGCAGAGGAGAAAUAGUAUUCUUAUUAUCUUUUAAACAUCAGUAUUUGAGAAAUCAAUCAAGAGCUGGGCAUGUGAAGUAAAUCUGAAAAUGCUGGUGCUGUCCGGUCAUUGAGGAAAAGAAAGGCCAUUAACUUUGCAAAUAGAGUGCUUUAGUUCCAAUAAAGGGCCUUGAACUCCAGUUUUAAUCUGUCUCUUGGUUCCAGAGGCUGAGUAUUUGCAGCACAGUUUAAUCAUUGCAGGGAGCUGCCUUGAGGGAGAUAGCUGAACACAAUGGGCAAGGAAUCCCACUGUUCUGAGGAAUUCGGAAGCUGCCUUGAGGGAGAUAGCUGAACACAACGGGCAAGGAAUCCCACUGUUCUGAGGAAUUCAGAGGGGAGCUUUCAGAAAUGAAGACCUCUUGUUUUUUCCCAUGAUUUUAAACACAAGGCUAUUAGGGAGUGCAGUUCCUCACUCCCACUGUCCUGACAAUCUCCUGUCCCACGAUUUUAGGAUUGAACAGAUGAGACUGAACACUCUGUACUGUGUUGGGGAGGAAUUCCGGAAGGUAACCGUGGAGUCCUAACCAUUCAUGCCUGCAGUUUUGAAACAGAUCUGUAGGGAACCUGGACAACAGUAUCAGUGGAUAGUCAGCACCAUCAAGCAUACCUGCUUGGUGAUUUCCCACUUCUCUAGGAAUAGGAGUACAGAUAGAACCUUUGAAAAUUCCUCUGUGAUUCCUUCUUACCAACAUCAGAUCAACCAUCCACUCAAAUAACCUGUCCCCAACUGGUGCUCUCAAAUUCCAGAUGGGAACUAUAAGCAGCUGAUAAUGGACAUGCAAAUACUGUAAUUGGUCUGGUCCAUUUGCCUAUAGUCCUUAGAUCAUCCUAAAGUCUCCAGCAAUUAAAAAUUAACCUCCCUAGGUAUUCCUGUGAGUGAUUCCUGGAGGGAAAUGGCAUAAAUUUUUUUUUAAAAAAAGUAUAUUUUAUUAUUUUAUUUGAAUUUGUUCAGCAGGAAUACCCAUGCUGGCCAACCACAGGAGAGGGUGAGGGGUGGAAAUUCUAGGAGUAAUCAGAGUUGGUAAUCCUGUUGCAAUGUUUCAGGUAGCUAGAAUGAUGAUUGGAUUUGCACCUCCCACACUCAGAGACUGAGCUUUGCUCCUUACCACAGAACUAAUUUACACUGUAAUUUCAAAAAUCAUUGACACAACUUAAGACACUUUAUUGGAAGAUAUGAAAACAACAUAUUUUACUAUCAAUAGAAAAGAAAUGAUGUGGCAAAACCUUCUUGAAGAGGAACCAGAACCAACUGCAUUCUGGGCCAGCGUUAAGACCGUUUAACUCUGAGCUCCAAGGUGUCUGGGAUUUGAUAUUCACUCUUAAGCUGAGCCUUCAUGGUCAGCUGGAAACGAACUCUGCUUUCUCUCCACUGUCAGCGGACUAAAACCGUUCUUUCACUGGUGACAACAGGAAAGUGUGCAAGUGUGUAUGGGAAUAAGCUCAGCCUUGCCAAUGACUUAUAAAGCUCCUGCGUUGAAAGCAUUCACCUGGCUGAGGCAGCUUUGCCUUACAGGAGGCAAUGUCCCAUAGGGUGAGGCAGAAGUAUGAAUUGAGUAAGUGUGUGUGUGUGUGUGUGUGUGUGAGAAUCUGCUGAACUAUAUGAGAAGCCAUCUGAAUAUGCCUUGACAGCCGAGGACACUGAUUUGACCUCCGCAGUGUUGACCUUGCUUUGGCACUACUCAGGAGAAGAGCAUUGAUUCACCAGCUGUUGGAUGGGUUUUCAGACUGCAAAUCGCCAGAAAAGAUACCUGUAAAUUGGCUAAAGCGCUGCUAUGUGAGGCAUGAAUUAAAGUUGGGCAAGAACAGAUGAUUGCUGCUCAGUUAUUAAAAUCAUUAGAUGUGAUUCUUGUUUACAGGUUCAUUACAGUAUAGAAAGAGCUGCUUGCCUCAGAUGGGAGUGGGGUUUUGUUUCCUCACACCCAGCUUCUCCUAAUCCUACCAUUGUACCUUUCUCCUCCGUUCCUCAGUCAUGAGCUCAUCUCGUUUUUCUCAAAAGCAUACAGCUUAUGCUCAGAUAUUGCAUAUGGUCGUGACUCCUCCAUUUUGGGUAAGGUCUUUGUCCUGCAUUCUGUAGUGUUAUUUAUUUUAAAAAUUAUCUUUUUUGCAACCCAUCCUUCUGGACUGCUUCACAAAUGCAAAAUCUUCAUUUACUGUAUCAAACCCCUCGACCUUGACUGUUUACCUUUUUUCUAGAUUUGUUCAAUCUUUUGUGCUCAGUGAUACCCAUCCGAUCAGUGUGGGUUUUCUUUCCUUUCCCCCAGUUAAGGGCUGAUAUUUCCGAUCAUACACUAGGUAUGCAGACUGCCACUGACUGCAUAUGCCCCCAACUGAAGCUUCAGGCUAACCACACUCGCACGCUACCUGGAUUUCUGUAAAAUAAUACAUUAUUAUUAUUUAAAAAUCUGAUAUAUGUUAUCAGUAGAAAAUGUGAAUUGCUGACUUUGUAUAUGUGUCUGAUAACUAAUCCAUUGGUAAUAAAAGAUUAAGGAAGCUAAAAUAUCUUGUGAUUUGGC